AUGUCGCGGCGUGCCGGAGGCGGUCGGGGAAAAGCAAAGAAGGAUGACCUUGCUAAAGCUGCCGCGGAGGUCCUGAACAAUAUUAACGUCGCCCCGACGCCCGCGCGACCAACCACCUCGGGCGGCUUGUUGCGCGCCUCAGGCGAAGAUGGUGAUGUGGCAACCGAUAUAAAGCCCAAACAUCUUCUCGCCCUGAGCGGACAGGAAACCUCUCCUCCUCCAACAACAACGCGACAACCUCCUCCACUCGCUACCGAACAAGGUCUCUUCGCUAGCAGAGACGGGCCUCCCACAGCCGCAGCUGAGCCCGCCGGCAUCGGCCAGACUGGCGCAGGGCUGCUUGACGGCAUUGGCGACGAUGGUCUGUCUGGCGGCAGAGCCGACGUCGUAGACGGCGGCGGUGACGGCGCCGGCAGUCCCGCUGGCGGCGGAUGUGCCGAGGCCCGCCCAUCGGCGCUCAACACACCAUUACCUGUACCGCUAGCGGAUCAGCCCAAUUGGCCGCCGCGACGCAUCGCAGCGAUGAGCCACAUCGCGGCGGCGGUGGCGACGGCAGCAGCCAGCAUACGAGAUGCCGUGCUGGCAGGCAUCACACGCCUUAAGAGUCGCGGCCUCGCCUCCUCUUACGCUGGCGGCGAUGUGGACGGGGAAUCCUUUGUGCUCGCCGUGCCUGGCGGCGUCAUCCCCGUGACCGCCAAGGCCGCCGCGGCGGUGCUACUGCUGCUGGUGUCGCUGCUGGUGUUGAGCGCUUCCGGCUACAGCCUUGCGCGUGCCACAAAGCGUGCUGAGGCGGCUUUGCGCUCGGAGCUGGCAGACCUGGGCAGCGGCAUGGAAGCCGCGUUGGAGGCGUCGGAGAGCCUGGCGGCGGAGGUACGGUCGCUACGGCGCGCUCUAGAGGCCCGCGAUGCCGUACAAAGUAUCGUACAGGGUGGCGAUGGCGAUGGCGGUGGCGGUGGCGGUAAGGAUUCAGGCAGCGGCGCCGGACUGGGAACUGGCGUCGCUGGUUCGUUGGCGACGGCGGGUGGUACGGCACCAGUGACAUCGGGGGAGCUUGUUGGCUUGGAGGCCGUCGGCGGCGGCGGCCUGGACCUGCAGGGUCUGCCGGCGUGCCAUGUGCGGCGGCUGGCAGCGGCGGCGGGGCCGCUCCUGGCGGCGCGCGUGACACGUCACUCGGCAGUGAUUGGCGAUGAGGAGGCUUUGAUGAGGUUCCACUCCCUUAUGUCGCAUGUCUUUGUGCCGGAAGGCUCGCCGCGGGUCCACCCCUUGGCCCGCCACCUCACCAACCCGGCGGUGCCGCCCGUCUGCCUGCCGCUAGCCGCCGCCACCGACGCGGCUGCCGCCGCCAGCGGCAGGGGAGCCGGCGGCGGCGGCGGCGGCGCUGGGGCUGGCCCCUUCCUGGAGCUGCUGCUGCUGACUCCCGCCAACGUAUCCGCCGUCAGCUUUCAGUACCCGUCGUACGGCACAUGGGACACGACCUCGGCACUGCUGCAGCUCUCCGCGACGGUGCAUGAAGCACCUGUAGCCGGUCCUGCUGGCGGCGGCGGUGCGGUGGCGGCGCAGCCGCUGCAGCAGUCACAGCCGCCGCCGCCGCUGCCGCUGCUUGGCGGCAUUCGAGGGCUGCGUUCGCGGCACGUGGAGCUUCCGCCUCUGCGCGGGAUGGAAUGCCAACACGUCACCAUACCGCCGCCGCAGCCGGCACCGUCAUCGACGGCGUCAGUAGCUGCGGGUUACCAUGGCGGCGGCGGCGGUGGCGGCGGUGGCUCGCAGAUGCGGGUGUACGGCAUUACGCUGCAGGUACACAGCAACUUUGGGAACCCGGACUACAGCUGCAUGCCCCGGGUGUUGUUGCACGGCUGGGCCGCGUAA